ACUUAGACGCCACUCAGUCGUAAAGAAACAUCACUUUAGCAGUGGGCCUUAUAAUUCUCAACAGAGAGUGAGUGUUCUCAUCCUAGCUAACUGACACAGUGAAAGAGUGUGCUUACAGAGGUCCUAUUGGUUACUUUUACAGGACACAUUUACAGGACAAGAGCUGAAAACUCGUUGAAACCAUUUGGAGACAAGAGUGCUUAACAUUAGCAGUGUAGUAUCAUCACUAUCAAAGGACAUGGCCUUGUCGGGGACAGGAGUACCACAGUGUAGACUGUGAUAGCGACCUAAGUGGAGACGCCACUACUGGAUCUGCAAUUUCACUGGAGAUGAGCAUUAUGGGAAGGUUCCUGUUUCAAAUCUCUCUGUAAGACUGAGCCUAUGAGUGAGCCACUAUGGCGGACUGGAACUUGUUGGGCAAGCUUCUGGAGAGUGCCCAGGAGCACUCCACUGUAGUGGGCAAGGUCUGGCUGACCGUGCUCUUCAUCUUCAGGAUCCUGGUGCUUGGAGCUGCAGCUGAGAAAGUGUGGGGUGAUGAGCAGUCUGGCUUCACCUGUGACACCAAGCAGCCUGGUUGUCAGAAUGUCUGCUAUGACAAGACUUUCCCCAUCUCUCAUAUCCGCUUCUGGGUGCUGCAGAUCAUCUUCGUGUCCACGCCCACUCUCAUCUACCUGGGCCACAUCCUGCACCUGGUGCGCAUGGAGGAGAAACAGAAGCAGAAAGAGAAAGACUUGGCUGAGCAACUGGCCAUCCACAAUGACAAGCAGCAGCUGCUGCCUGACGCCAAACCCAAGAAGCCCCCCGUCCGGGACGACCUGGGCCGCGUCCGCCUGCAGGGGGUCCUGCUGCGCACAUACGUCUUCAACAUCAUCUUCAAAACCCUGUUCGAGGUGGGAUUUAUCAUAGCUCAGUACCUGCUCUAUGGGUUUGAGCUGAAACCUCUGUACACCUGUAACCGCUCACCCUGUCCCAACGUGGUGAACUGCUACAUCUCCAGGCCCACAGAGAAGACGAUCUUCAUCCUCUUCAUGUUGGCAGUGGCAUGCAUAUCUCUGGUGCUGAACAUAGUGGAGAUGUAUCACCUGGGGUUCACCAAGUGCCGCCGGUACAGACACGUCCAGACCCCAUGUGAGACAGGGUCCAAGGCCCCCAGCAAGGCAGUGGUGCCUUCUGUCCCAAACUAUAACUACUUCCCUAGGCACCACCCAGCCCCUGAGCCCUACCAUGCAGACCAGUACAUCAUGAAUGAGCCUGACUCUGCCUACCACCCUUACAACAGCAAAGUGGCUUACAAGCAGAACAGAGACAACCUGGCCGUAGAGAUGAACAGUAAACCAGAAGGGGGUGACACCACAGAAAGGAAAGGCUCCAGUUCUGCUCCAGAGUCGCCUUCAGAGAAACAACGGCGACCCAGUCGAUCCAGCAAGCACAGCAAUAGUAAGACCAGACUAGACGAUCUGAAGAUCUGAGGGACAGUUAUGGCGCAUUUCCACCACUGGGUUUUAUAGAGGUGCUUGGCCUAAAGGUUCAAACUUUUGUGUUUCCACCUUUGAGGUGGGGGGGGGGGAAGUAUUGGGCCAUGGACCUACUGACUUGUGUCCAGAGUGGGACUUCUGGAGAUGCAUUAAAAUAAUGGUUAACAGUUAACGUAAUAAUUGAGCCAUUUCCUUCUCAAAAGCAAAUGAGUUUUCAGAGGUUGUUGAUUCUGCUCUGCACAAGUCCUCAUUGUAGCUUUGGAAACUAUUUCCGUAGUAUAAUACCAGGGUGUAUACACAAGCGUAACACCUCAUCAUAGUCAAAAAGUGUCACAGUCAAAUUUGUACAAUAUACAAUAUACAUUGUACCAGAAUAGACAAUGUGCCUUUGAUGGAAAGCAUUGUAUCAGGAGAGCAAGGUUAGGGAAGGAACAAUAUGGAAGAUAAGAUUAUUUCCUCUUCAGACAUUCUUGAUCAGAAUGGACCAUAUCUGUAUUAUCUAAAACAAUAUACAGUGGGGCAAAAAAGUAUUUAGUCAGCCACCAAUUGUGCAAGUUCUCCCACUUAAAAAGAUGAGAGGCCUGUAAUUUUCAUCAUAGGUACACUUCAACUAUGACAGACAA